GACGCCGCUUGGCUUCCUUCCUUCCUUCCUUCCUUCCUUUCCUCCUUCCUUCCCGUCGCAGCGCGCAUCCCCUGCCUCAACACGCACGGUCUCCGCCGGCUCGUCAUGGAGGCGCCGUCGUACCCCUUCAGCGUCAGUUUGAUCGGAGUGCUGCACAAGGAGAAGUGCAAAAUGUACAUGACCUCCGUGCUCUGGUCGGACCAGACUGAGAUUGUGGUGUACAGGACGUACCCGGAUUUCAAGACCAUGCACAAACAACUGAAGAAAGCGUUCCCAAUGGCCCACAACACGAAGCACUCCGACAGAAUCCUUCCCAAGUUUCGAGACAAAAGGGUGACGGCCGGCAGCCAGAAGAAAGGGCCAACCCAGUCUCUGCAGCGGCUCAGGUUCUUGCAGAAAUAUUGCAAUAAACUUCUGACGUGCGACCCGCAGGUCUGUCAGUCUGCAGACCUCAUCCAGUUCUUCCGACCCAGAGAAGAGGACCUGCAGCCGGAGUUCAGCAAGAACUGCAUCAUGAUCUUGCCUUCAGACGAUGAAGUCCGCGCCGAAGCAGGACCGGUCAAAGGUGGUGGAAACGUGACCCAGCCGUUCGUCACGGAGACGUACAGAUGCGUCGCCGCUUACGAGACCAAAGACACCAAGAACAAACCUUUCAAAGUGGUGCUGGACGAAAAAGUCGACGUGCUCAUCAAAGACCAAGCAGGGUGGUGGCUUGUGGAGAAUGAAAACAAGAAGAUGGCCUGGUUCCCUGCCCCCUACCUGGGGAAGCUCGAUGAUGAUGACGAGGAUGAUGAGGAAGAUGAUGUAAAUGGAAGCCCUGAACAAGGAGUGAUGUACACUACGGUCAAGAGCUACAAGGCCACCAAAGAUGACGAGAUAACCGUGGCCAUCGGUGCAGUGGUGGAGGUCCUGCAGAAGUCUGCCAACGGCUGGUGGCUCAUCAGGUACAACGGUAAAGGGGGCUACAUCCCCACCAUGUACCUGAAGCCCUACAACUACCCUCAUAUCCGCAUGACAGGCAACCAGCCGGAUCGCCGUUUCUCCUCCCCAAACCAGAUCCUUAGCCCGACUCUGCAACUGCAGUCCAACCAGCUCAGCCUCUCGCAAGGAAACCUGCCGCAACUCAGGUCUUCCUCCCCCAAACUGCUCCCUAUGCCCGGGCAGCAGAGAUCUCACUCUCUGGACAUCUCGUCUGUACAACUUCCCGAUCCGCCUGCAGCUCACACCGCUGCCUACGUUGCCACCUCACCCACGACUGCAAAGUGCUACCCUCCACCUGCAAUCAUGGUGGAGAUGGACGGAGAAGAGGAUCAGCGUGGCAUGAGCCCGGGACCAGAUAGCGACGGAAGCUUUUCGAUCUACAGCGACGGAAGCGAUGACCUCAAUUCUUCCUGGACGAGCUCCUUGUCCUUCAACCUGAGCAAAAGCUACCACGAGGAACAGCUGCGUCGUGUCAGCCACACGCCUCUCCCUAUGGGGGGCAACUACCUGAGCCCGACAAGCAUCACGGAGGGGAGACUGGUUCCCAGUGUCUCCGAACCCAACCUCUACAAGGGCCCGACGUCACCGAAGGUGCCGCCCAGACCGCGGGCUCAGGAGAUCCUCACCCGGUGCACCACCGUCACCCGCAAGAACGCAAGCAAAGACCCACUCAAACCGAGAUAAGUGUUCACUGAUGGGGAGCUGAUCUCUGCUGUGGCCCAAGGAUGUAGUUCUGCUAAUCACAAUUGAAUUGAGAAAUUAAACUAACAAAUAAGACUGACUGGAGACAUGAUGCAGAGUAGUCUACUAACACAUAAACAAGAUCGAUCAGUAAACACUCAUAACUCGCCUCCUUUUUCCAAACGGUCAUAUUUUCCAUACUGGAAACCUUGUUGUGCCUUAAAUGCAUUUCGACUGUUUUUGUGAGGGCAUCUAAAGUAAAUGUCUAAAGUGUGCAGGUUGUUCUACUUCCUGCUUAAGCCUGUGAAGCAAAGGGAUAAAUACUCUGAGUAUACGCUCCAGUCUGACCAUGUUACUGAUGUGUUGAUGUUACUGCAACAAAUAAAACCUUUUUUGAUAACUUGA